GUCAUGCACAUUACCUACGGGAUUCAUAGAUAUUUGACUACGUAGUUCAAUGUGCACAUUUUGUGCACAUAGAGGCGCUGAUGGAUGAAAAACACCUAAACCGACGCGAGAUGAUCGCUGUUCCUCUCUGGUACAAGAUAAGUUAUUAUGUUAUUGUAAGCAUAAAAAUAAGUCAAUAGAAACACAAAAGUACAGUCAAUAAAACAAUAAUACGCUAAAUUCAAAUUUUCGCGACAAAAUGGUGGUAUCAUCUGGCAUUAAUUUUUCAUCGGGCGCACAAUUGGUUAUGCGCAAUAAGAGCACACCUUGCGUUCUUCCACCAUGGAUGCAUCGAUGCAAUUGGCACGACUGGCAUUCGCCAUGAGCUGGUCAACGUGAGCCAAUGGGAAGCUUUGCGCGCCACUACUUUCGACGUACAGCGCCCUGUUUAUCAAUUUGAAACGAUUUUCAUUUGUGCUACCGUUAAACGGUUGUAUGGUCUGCUCCGUCCCGGUCUGCUCCGUCCGCUGUGUUUGGCUUGAGUCCUCGUUGAUAUCAGAAGAAUGACGGAUUUCAAGCAGCAAUACAAGAAUUCACGUCCGUGGUUCGGCGACACGGAUCAAAGGAGGUUUCUGCGCGCCUAUAAUUACGAUAAGUCGCGCAAAGAGGUCAGAUUGCGUGCCUUCAACAAGAAUCGCAACUUGCAGUAUGCUUCACCGAUUUCGCAGCCUGGUGUAUCUACCAUUACUAAUAAUCGCAUGAAAAAAUUAAUAAGAUGGAAAGAAGAACGUGAUAGGAAGAAAAAACUAGAAGCUUCUAAGAAAAAACCUGCUUUUAAAGUUGGCAUCGUUCAUCACUCUUUUUAUUCCCCAGUUAAUGGAUCAAAAGUAGCUUUGAAAACACCAAAGAAAACAGAACACUCAAAAACAAAUGCUAUCCAGAAACGAAUUACAAGGGCUACAGAAAAACGAUUACUUGCUAAAGCAGCAGCUGCUGUUAAGCAACCAAUAAAAAAUCUACCUUUGGUGUCGACAAAACAGCCUGUCAAAACGUCAUUUGCUCCCGUUGAUUAUUGUUUUAAACCUCCACCUGGUUUGCAGGCAACACCUUUAUUUGGUCUUAUAUCAAUAAAACAAACGCCACAAGAGAAGUACAUAACGCCACCAAAAAAUAUACAAAUUUCUGAUAACAUAAUACAAAACUUCAAAACUUUUACAAGUCUGAGAUUGUCAGUAAAUAAACAAAACUCAUCAAAGAAAUUAAAUAAACCAUCUAUUUGCAAUUCAAACAAGUUAAACAUAACAACAAGAUCAUCGUUAAAAGAACAGGUUAAAAAUCAGAUAGACAUGCAAGAACAAAAUUCUUCAUCAAGCAGCACUGAUAUCAAAACACUCCCAUUACAAAAGAUAACUCCAACAUGUUCCGAGAAAGAAAAUUGUGCUAAGGAAGAUCUUAUCAUCUUUUCACCAUAUCUUACACGAAGUCGUGGGAAGAGAAAUUCUAGAAAAGGACAGCAACGUUUGGGCAUUGGUCGUCGCUCCGAAGAAAUUUCAACUAAAAACAUUGUUAUGCAAAAUUUAAACAUAUGCGUGGAAGAGGAAGGACGCACUGCUCAAUAUUUCAAGUUUCUUGUGAAGAAAGAAACAGAUAGGCUUAAGGAACUUUGUAAGAAAUGGUUGGACAUUAGAUUUGAGAAGGAUGUUCCAGAAGACGCUAUAUAUGAAAUACAACAAGCAGUUGGACAGACAAAUUUGCUAAUAAAUAAAAAGUUUGAACGAUUUCAUAGCUUGGUACAAGAUUGUGAAACUGGUAAGGGAAAAAUGCUGGUUACAUGCAGAGAUCUACAAGGAUUUUGGGAUCUGACAUAUCAGGAGAUCGAGGAUUGCAACAUGCGAUUUGAGAAAUUGAAGAAUCGUCGAAACAGAAAAUGGCAAGAGGAGGAGGAAGAAUAUACUGCUAAGCCCGCUGUUAAAAAACGAAUACCUGUUAACAAACAGAAAUCUAAAAAACAAAUUGUGUCAUCAAAGUCAAAUAAGUUACAAUCGUUUAUCUUAGCUGCCAGAAAGAAACAUAAAAUAGAAACAGAUACAUUAAAUAAGGAAGUUUUAUUAUUGCAAGAUGUAGAUAUAAAUAAAAAAUUGAGUAAGAGAAAAUCUUCUAUUGUAGAAAAUAAAAAAGAUGCUGAUACUUGGCAUAGUGCAAGGAGAUCUGGUUCCAUUAAAAAAAUGGAAUUUUCUGACAAAUCUAAAAAAAUGAGAAGUCCAUUUGCAACUAAGAAGAAAAUAAUUCAAAAGUGUAAGACACCUGAGGUUCAAUUAGAUGACACAAUAUCGUACGUUAAUUUUGAUCAAACUCAGAGCAAGAGCAUCUUAAAGAAAUCGAAAGAAUUAGAAAAUAAGGAAGCUCGCAUAAAGUUCACGCAUAAAGUCAAUUUUGACAAUACAGUUUUGACUGAGGUUCCUCUUGAUGAAGAAUUGCAGAAUAAACUAAGUUUAGCUGCUGCAUUAAAUAGGAUAGACAGUUUAGAUUUGGAUGUGAUGAAUCAAUCACCACACUUUAUUGUUGGAAAAGAAUUGGACUUUAAAACUAAAAAUUCUGACAGUAGUGACGAUCUGAGCAAAUUAGGACUUGAAAAAAUAGAAAAACGAAAUAAAUCUCUCCAGAAUACUUCAGAUGUGCAUACAUUUAUCGACGUAACAUCUUCAGUAUCUAUUAAAAAAUCACAUAAUGGUGAGAUAUCAGGUAUGAAAAACUUAAGAAAUCGACAUAAGAAUACUCCAAAUGAAAAAAAAGAUAUCUUAUUUUCACCUUUAUCACGAGAUGGUGAAAUGAUCUUUACCGAUGAAAUAAUUUUAAAUGACACGGAUGAUCUUUAUUUAGGAACAAAAGUACUUAGAAAUAGAACUGUUCUGGCAAAUAACACUCCAAAGAGCAACACAACUAACAAAAUGACAACUCUAAAAAGGGCAAGUAAAGAAAGAAAAAAUUCUCUGAAAUCAAGUAGGAAAAGUUCAUUAAAAUUGCAAAAAGACGGAAAUAAUUAUAUAACACCAAAUAAAAGUUAUACAAUGGAGAAAGAGAAUGUAACAUUAAUGGAUAAUAUUAUCAAGAAAAGAUCACUUCGAAAAAGUGUUGCAUUUGAUGCAACUUGUGUAGCAUGUGCUGAAAAUAAACCAGUACUACCAAUGACUCCUUAUUCAACACGUCGUAGCAAGACACCUUCAAGGCAAAGUCGGAACAAACAUGCAUUACAAGAUGAAGAUCUUAUAUCAUGGAACACACCAGACAAAAACCGUCCUCCAAGAGUUACUAGGUCUCGUUCAGAAAACUUUUAAUAUCUUUUUUUAUGUAUAUUUAUAUAUAUUAUAUAUUUUAUAAGAACAAAUAUGAUAUUUAAUGAACAUUUUUACAUAUGACAACAUUUAUAAGCAUAUGCAUAUAACAAAUCUGUAUUAUAGAAUAUUUUAUUUGUAUUGUUUAACAUAAUUUAAGAGGCAUUGGUUGCGUUUAGCAAUAAAAACAGUUUUACAACUGUUAUAAAAUUCUUUUAUGUAAUUAUAUUUAGAUCCAAUAAAAACUAAAAUCAAGAAUUAAUCACAUCGAAGAAUUUUACAACAAUCGCAAAGCUACUUUUUCUACGGAAUGCAACAGAAAAUAAAGCUUUGCAAUUGUUAUAAAAUUCUUUAAUAUAAUAAUCCUGUACAAUUUAAAUGUAUAAACUAAUAUUAAUUAUAUCAAAGAAUCUUAUAACGGUAAAGCAACUUUUUCUGUUGUAUGGAGCUAUUCAAUAUAAGAAAAUAUUUUUAUAUCAUUUCAUCUGUAGCUUUAUACAAACUUAAAUAUAGAUGAUAAUUUAUAAACAUUUGUAAGAUGUGGUAAAAUGAUAAUUGUAAAAUGAAGGAGAAUAUGAAUAAAAAUAUUUCAUAAUAUAAGUAUAUAAAAA